UAAACUCCGCAUUUUGGUAGCAACAUUCCCGCAGACUGGGGAGUGGCCGGAUCUCUGUAGGUGGGUAUACCUACUUUUGGUCUGGUCAGACUGAUGGCUGCCAUACUCGGGGAGUAGCCAUUGCUGUAGCAGAUCGGCUCCUCCUGAUGGUGUCUGAUGUCACUCCUUUCAAUGAGUGUAUUAUGAGACUCCGGCUAAGGCACUCCUUGGGUGUCUUGUCUGUUGUUUCAGUAUAUGCUCUGAUCACAUUAAGUGAUGUCUCAUUGAGGGAGACAUUUUACUCGCAACUUCACUUAGUGGUUGAAGAGUGCCCACGAGGUGACACUCUGGUUAUGGGUAACAUCUUCAAAGUGACCACUGGCACUGACAGGGCUGGCUCUCAGGACUGUUUCAGUCCCCAUGGGUCUGGAGACCAGGGUGAGAGUGGCUCCAUGUUCCUUGACUUUGCGAAAGGUCGGGGCUGCCCGUCGCUGGAUCCUGGUUCCAUUGCCCUGAGCCGCAUCAUUGGACUUGGUACUCCAAUGCUGGUGGUGCAGCGAAGGAGAUCGAUCACAUCCUCACUGGCAGACAUUGGAAGCUCCUUCAGAACUGCAGGGUCUACAGAAAUGCCUAGUUUGUGAAUUCUGACCACAGACUUGUUGCUACUCUGAAGAUUCAGCUUAAAUCCACUACACUACCACCUACUAGGAGAGUAGGUGUGAGGCUGGACAGUUUUUUCAAGUGAUUUUAGAGAUGAAAGAUAACAAGAUAAUGAACAACCAAGAUGCCAUUGAAAAAGCUGUCUCUAGGGGGCAGUGCCUGUAUAAGAUUUCCAGUUACACCAGCUACCCGAUGCACGAUUUUUAUAGGUGUCACACAUGUAAUACCACAGAACGUAAUUCCAUCUGCCUGAACUGCAUCAAGAAGUGCCAUCAAGGACAUGAUGUUGAGUUCAAUCGGCACGACAGGUUUUUCUGUGACUGUGGAGCAGGGACAUUGUCAAACCCAUGCACACUUGCUGGAGAGCCCACACAUGACACAGACACUCUGUAUGACUCUGCCCCUCCUAUAGAGUCCAAUACAUUGCAGCACAACUGAGCUUGACCUCAGCUGUUACCUUUUAAAGGGCCGUGGACUAAACGCACCAAAUGGAUGCUUUGAUCAGUCUGGACCCAAAAAGACUCCAUGUUUAAUGUAUGAUGAUGGAGAAAGAUAUGCACACUAGAAAUAAAAUCUUUAAAAACAUACUAAAAAACUGAAAAGCAAAAGCUGACCCAGCUUCUAAUGGAGAAGUUUAUAUAUUUAAAGAAAACCUUUAAAAGGCUUUCCUGUGUCUGUGGAUGUAAAACUUUUUUUUUCUGUUAAUGCAAACGUUUUGAAGAAAAGAAGAAAUGAACGUCGAAGAGAAGCAAUAUGUUGACUCAGGAUUAUGGAGAGUAAGGGGGCGUGACUUCAGCUGUACUGCCUCUGCAACAUCUGAGAUGCUGCUGUAGGAGGAGCUUAGCUGCAGUCUGGUACCCAGAAACACAAGGAGCCAUAGUCCCUCUCACUGAAGAGGGAUGUCAUCCUGUUCAGUAGGCUGGGCGCUGCCCAUACAGCCACCUUGGCAACUGUUUCUAAACAGCAGUGGUGCUGGUAAAUGUUUGGUGAAGGAACAAAAGGUGAUCUAGCACUUCAGCUUUUUUUAAUGCCAUUCUGAUUGUCACAUGAUUUUAAUGCUUUCCCACAUAGUUUUGUAUUUUCAAGCAUAAAUCUUACUGUACUUGAAUGUCUUAUUAUUAUUAUUAUUAUUAUUUUGAUAACACUCCCUUUGCUUACUGUAUAGCUUGUCAAGCCCCGGUAUCUAAGUUCUUUCUGUGAAAGAGAAAUCAAUGGAUUACACAGAUUUGAUUUAGGAACGCUAAAUUUACUCCAGCAAUGUUAAUAUAUUAAAAUUAAUGUUUUUUUUUCCUUUUCUUUAAUUGCAAAAGCAAAAGGAAUGUUUUGAGUAGUGUGCAUUCUUGAGCUGUGUUACCUUUUGCUAAGGUAUAAACAAUUUUGUUGAUACACUUAAAUGUGGUUAAGGCUGCUUGAAAUGACUGUUGGGGUAACCCUGUUAUGUCUCCCAUUGGUGCUCAGGCACACUAGGGACUUAGGCUUGUAAUGCACAAAAAGUCACGUCACGUGGUUAAAACGUUUCACAUGGGUAAUGGUGGGUGAAGUGUGCUAAAUGUUAAUCUCUGUGGAUAUCUGGCCAUUUCUGGAAGUUUUAGUUGAAAUGAUCUACAGGAAUACAUGUCUCAAAACAUUUAUUUUAACCCCUGGGGCUCAAGCAAGGCACAGCAUAUGAGUACUUUCUGGCAAAGCAUCACGAGAGAGUGUUUAUAGUGAUGUCUCGUGUGAGUGGCAAUCGCGUGUGACUGUGACUUUUCCCCCUUUUUCCUCGAUAAGAAACGAGACAUUGCUGGAGAUGAACCCUAUAGCCCCCCGCUGUAUUAAAGCUGAUGUGCUUGUCUAUACAGCACUCAACUGUUUCAUGGCUUAUUUUUUUCUUUUUUUGAGGGAUUUUAUUUGUUUUUCAUUGUGUAUUGGUGACUGUGGGUUCUCAUACAGCUUGGAUUGUAUGCAUGUACCAUACCAUCUCAAUUUAAUAUAUUGUGAAGUAUUCAACAACCAUUAUGUAGAUGCUAGUAUGAAUUAAAAGGGUAUAAUUUCCUACA